AUGGAUAAUCCUUGGGGUUCAUCUGAGCCCGGCGGCGCAAACAACAAUCGGUCCCAAGCUAGUCAGCCUGCCAUCAUCCCACCAGCCACACUUCAAGCCCAAAUCGAACAGAUAGUCAAGGCCGCUGUCGAUGUCUCUCUCAAAUCAGCAGCAGGCGGGAAGAAAAGCAAACCGACUUCAACCCCGAAAGCCACUCGAGUCUCGAGAAAGGUUGCUCCCGAGAGCUCCCACAAAUCAGCCUCCAAAGGAAAGGCGCCCGCCGCUAAGAAGGUCACGAUCACCCCAUUGAAAAGUCCCCCACCUGUUGCAUCAACCUCCAGAAGAUUUGACCGCGCCAGAUCCGCUCCCCCCGAAAUCAACACUACCGUUGUCGAGAAGCCGAAAAAGCCUCGCAAGUCAACCAAAGAAUCACCUGCGAAGGCCCCUGCACGAAAGCGGAAUCCUCGACAGAUGCAAACUGGCGACUUUCCAGCAUCCUAUGCAGGCACUAAGGCAAUUUUUAUCCAUGUAAAAGUUCUCUGGGGGCUCUUGAAAUCAGACUCGGUCCCCGAAGCUCCUGAUUUGCGGGAUCUGCAGGAGUUCUACGACAACUUUUCGAGGGAGGACCACGUCAACCAAGUCGCCAGUUUCGCCUCGUCUGGUCGUGAACUGAUUGACAUCAAUCAAGUUCAGAUUCUCAAGGACGCUCGCGCAGGACGUAUUCGAAUCGGAAACUCUUACCUUCACGUGGGGGAUAACUUCAUUCGAUACGCCAAGGGACUCAUGGCUCGUUUGGGUUUCCGAAAAUGGUGUCCGAAUCUCGAGGAAGACUGUGAUUCGUUAUACAACUCCGCUUGUCGAAUUGCUGCUGUAACGACUUUCCAGGAGCUUGCCGGGGCCAAAGCGUAUGCUUAUCUUAACAUCGAUCGAGAGGCGGUUCAAAACAUGGGCUUUUUGAUCGAAUGUUACAACCACUUCGUCCACUACUUAAUGUUAGAGAAAUACAAAAAAGAAAAUAAAGAAAAGGGUAAACUCACAAAAGAAGUUCAGCACAAGAGCGUCCAGAAGAAUCGCGAGCGACUGGCUGCCAGCAGAUUGGAAUUUGCGACGCUCAACAAAUUCCCCUCGCGAUACAUCAAGAUUCUCACCCCGAUCGCGGCUCAUAGCGACGAUGAAGUUCAGGAAGGAAAGGGCUUCUUCAAAAUCAAGACAUUACCGUAUCGAUCCAAGAACGCGAAUCGGUUUUUUCGUCGCCUGGACAUCUGCAUGUUGAAAGCAGCGGAGCAGGAUCCAAGCAAGCGUCGCCGAGUCCGCAAAUUACCGAAGAACCCAGAGAUGUCAGCUUACACGGCGGCACCAAAGGGUCUUCCGAUCGACUUUUACGACCCCGAAUGGUACCACAACUUAACACCGGCUCAGCAACAGCUUAUACCCGACCUUACUAAUGUCGCGUUCCUUCCAAACGCAAGUGAAUCGCUACUUCCAAAGGCUCAGCGACAUCCUCACGAAAGCUCGAAAGAUAAGACUUUCACGCGAAUAUACUUUGAACAACUAGCGGAACCCUACGGACUUGUGGCAUCAACGACCAGCGAAGAGUCUGGUGAUGAAGAAGGCGAAGGCGAAGGCGAUGGCGAUGAUGAAGAAGGGGAAGGGAUCGACUUAGACGGCCCCAGCCCGGAUGCUUCUGAGGACGAGUUCUUUGAAGAGGGGGAUGCCGGUGAUUUGUACAACGACGACUUUGUUGAAGAAGAUGGAGGCGACGAUGAAUCCGACGGCGAUGAGGAUUACGAGGAAGACAGCAACUACGAGGAUCCAGAGCACUCCGGGGAUCACGAGCCGAUGCAAGGUGUUGAGGAGGAUGAACCAGUCUGGUAAUUUUUUCUAUUCAAGCGU